AUGCCCGUAUCGCGCCAGGGUGCCGAGAAUGCAAAGACAAUGAUCAGGAACUCCCCGAUCGCCUAUGGGUCAGUCGCUAAGUGGCUGCAUUGGUUAACGGCACUGUGCUUUCUGGUUGCCUAUGUGGCGUUCUAUUACGGCCACUGGUUUACAGAACCGCGGACACCAGAUCGCCGACUGAUUACCGCGGUACACGCCAUGUUUGGAUUUUCAGUGCUGAUAAUGGUGCUACCGCGGCUGAUCUGGAAGUGGUCCAACGUCUCGCCGGAGCCCGAUCCUGCGCCGCGCUGGCAACACGUUACCGCUAACCUUGCUCAUUUUGCGCUGUACUUUUUCAUCAUCGCCAUGCCGCUAAGUGGCUGGAUGGGUUACGGCGGGCGGGUAAUCAACAUGUUCUGGCUGUUCGAAAUACCCACGUUUCGUUACACCCAGCUGUUUGUCUGGCUGGUUGAGGGAAAGCUGGGGUUAACCUGGGAUGAGUGGGAAGCGCCGAUCGAUUUUUUCCACAAAAAAAUUGCUGGGGCCUGGCUGGUGUGGAUACUGAUUGGCGUGCACGCUGGCGCUGCCCUGUACCAUCACUUCGUGCAGAAGGACAAUACACUGCGCCGUAUGUUACCCGGCGCCAGGGUGAUUGGUGAUGAUCAUGGCCAAUAG